CACGGCAAGUCGAGCGUCGAGCAGGGGAUGGUGCCGAGUCCCGAGCGGCCUUCCCUUCAACGGUCCUCCUCGGAGGCGGUUCCCGGCAAAAAAAAAAAAACAACGCGAGUACGUGUGUGGGUACCGGGGGCGAGAGCCGCUCUGGGCAUUACAGGUCCAUUCGUGCGGGACGCCCAGGGCUGGAGAAAAAGGAGAAAGGGGCCCCUGUGGAACCGGAGGGGGACCAGGGUGGCCUCCUGAGCUUGCUUUUCUACAAGAUGUUGGGGUUUUUGAAGCGCCCUGUAGUGGUGACCGCUGACAUCAACUUGAAUAUUGUGGCUCUGACUGGAGUGGGGCUACUGAGCCGGCUGUGGCAUCUCUCCUACCCGCGGGCUGUGGUCUUUGAUGAAGUCUAUUAUGGGCAGUACAUCUCCUUCUACAUGAACCGGAUCUUCUUUCUGGAUGACAGCGGGCCGCCGUUUGGCCACAUGCUACUCGCUCUGGGAGGUUAUUUAGGAGGAUUUGAUGGUAACUUUUUGUGGAACAGGAUUGGAGCAGAGUACACCAGCAAUGUGCCCGUGUGGGCCUUGCGCCUGCUGCCCGCGCUCACGGGGGCCCUGUCGGUGCCCCUGGGCUACCAGAUCGCGUUGGAGCUGCGCUUCUCCCACUGUGCGGCCAUGGGUGCCGCCCUGCUCCUGCUGAUGGACAAUGCCCUCAUCACUCAGUCCAGGCUCAUGCUGCUGGAGUCACCGCUGAUAUUUUUUAACCUCUUGGCUGUGUUGUCCUACCUGAAGUUCUUCAACUCCCAGAAACACAGCGCUUUCUCUCUGCGCUGGUGGUUCUGGCUGAUACUGACAGGGGUGGCCUGCGCCUGCGCUGUGGGCAUCAAAUACAUGGGCAUUUUCACCUACUUGCUUGUGCUGGGCGUUGCAGCCGUCCACGCUUGGCAGCUGAUUGGAGACCAGACCCUGUCAAAUGUCCGUGUGUUCUGCCACCUGCUUGCCAGAGCGGUGGCCCUGUUGGUCGCCCCAGCCACCCUGUAUUUACUGUUCUUCUACGUCCACUUGGCACUGCUCUGCCGCUCUGGGCCCCACGACCAAAUCAUGUCAAGUGCCUUCCAGGCCAGCUUGGAGGGAGGACUGGCCCGCAUCACCCAAGGCCAGCCCCUGGAGGUGGCCUUCGGCUCUCAGGUCACCCUGAGGAAUGUCUUCGGCAAGCCCCUGCCCUGCUGGCUUCACUCGCACCAGAACACCUACCCCAUGAUCUAUGAGAACGGCCGGGGCAGCUCCCACCAGCAGCAGGUGACCUGCUACCCCUUCAAGGACGUCAACAACUGGUGGAUCAUCAAAGACCCUGGGAAGCACCAGCUGGUGGUGAGCAACCCACCCAGGCCUGUGCGGCACGGAGACGUGGUCCAGCUGGUCCACGGCAUGACCACGCGCCUCCUCAACACACACGACGUUGCGGCCCCGCUGAGCCCCCACGCGCAGGAGGUCUCCUGCUACGUGGACUACAACAUCUCCAUGCCUGCGCAGAACCUCUGGAGGCUGGACAUCGUCAACCGGCAGUCGGACAAGGACACCUGGAAGACCAUCUUGUCAGCCGUGCGCUUUGUGCACCUGAAUACGUCUGCCGUGCUUAAGCUGAGUGGGGCGCACCUCCCCGACUGGGGCUUUCGGCAACUCGAGGUGGUGGGCGAGAAGCUGUCGCCGGGCCACCACGAGAGCAUGGCGUGGAACGUGGAGGAACACCGCUAUGGCACGAGCCAGGAGCAGAGAGACAGGGAGCUGGAGCUGCACACACCCACACAGGUGGACGUCAGCAGGAACCUCAGCUUCAUGGCCAGAUUCUCAGAACUGCAGUGGAGGAUGCUGACACUGAGGAGUGAAGAUGCCGAGCACAAAUACAGUUCCACGCCCCUGGAGUGGGCCAUGCUGGACACCAACAUUGUCUACUGGCUACACCCCCGGACCAGUGCUCAGAUCCACCUGCUUGGGAACAUCGUGAUCUGGGCCUCGGCCAGCCUGGCCACAGCUGCCUACGCGCUGCUCUUCCUGUGGUACUUGCUCCGACGGCGCAGGGCCAUCCACGACCUCCCCGAGGACGUGUGGCUGCGCUGGGCGCUGGCCGGGUCGCUGUGUGCCGGCGGCUGGGCGCUGAACUACCUGCCCUUCUUCCUGAUGGAAAAGACGCUCUUCCUCUACCACUACCUGCCCGCGCUGGCCUUCCAGCUACUGCUGGUCCCGCUCGUGCUGCAGCACUUCGCUGACCACCUGUGCAGGACCCAGCUGCAGCGCAAUCUCUUCAGCGCCUUGGUCAUAGCCUGGUAUUCUGCUGCCUGCCACGUGUCCAACACACUGCGCCCACUCACCUACGGGGACAGAUCGCUGUCCUCAGCAGAACUCCUGGCUCUUCGCUGGAAAGACAGCUGGGACAUCCUGAUUCGAAAAUCCUAGGUUCAGAACACACUGGGCAGGAGCAGGGCCAGGCGCCACAGUCCCUUAGGACCCUGUUCCCCUUCCAGAGUGUGGGACCCCUAAACUAAGAUGCUGGGAGUUGAGCAGCCAGCUCCAGGGCUCUAAAGCAGAGGCCAGGGAUCCACCAGCUCAGGACCCCACACGAGCCCAGAGCGAUCCUCAGCUGCGCGUCUGGGGCUGCGCCCUCGGGCCCCAGCAGCUGCAGACCUCAGUGGUUGCCCAUGGGCACGUGCUAAGCAGGAUCUCCCAUGAGAUCUGACAGUCAGGGUCUACACAUUGUGCUGUCCUGCAUUUGUCUUUUUAAAAUGUAAAUAAAAAGGGACAAAUUGGC